AACAUUGGCGCUUGCAUAACCAAAUUGUCGUAAAGGAUUUAUGUGCACAAAGGUGGAGUCCUGCCGAAUAAAUUUUAAAAUGAAAAGUUACUUGUGCAACGUUUAAAAAUUAACAAUUUCAUAACCGCAGUUUCCACACCUUCUUGAUUAUUCUCAACUUACUGGUUGUUACCGUAUGCCAUAGGAACAAUUUAGGUCUUUGUGCAUGGAAUUUAAGGAGCCGCGUCUGCCUGAAAAUAUGUACCUGUCACUACAUGAAUGAAUGGAAUAGGACCUUUUUUGGUUGAUAGUGACUAGCUUCUUAAGAUAUAUUUAAAUUGUGACAAUAGAAAUUGCGAGGAAGUACAAAUGUUUUCUAUUUCAAUUAUGGAUUAUUGGUUUUGGUUUCAGAUAUGGCGAGCUUAAUAUUGAUAGCUUGUCUUGCUAUUUUGGGUCUAAUCAUUGCAAUAGCAUUGUUCUUAGCCGGUGGCUACUUAUGGUGGCGACACAAAAGGUCUCAGCUGCAGUUUAUUGAGCCCAAUGAAGACGAAGAAUCCAGCAGUUACAGUUUAAGAGCUGCCCAAGACAUUACCGAGUCAGGAAAUCCGCCAAGUAAACCGCCACCAGUCCCAGUGGCACAAGCUAUAACCACUCCACUACAAAACAAUAUUAAUCGAAAACUUAAUGGAUUCUUAAGUCUUAGGACUCCGCUUAUUGGCAGAUCGGCUGCUCAGUCAAAAACACCAAAUACUUCCACAAGCGGAAAUGCAAGUGAUGGGGGGGCUAAGGAUGCAGCGAAUAAAAGCAUCUCAAUGACGGAUAUGUACCUAGAUGGCGCCGACUCCAAUGAAAAUGUGGGGCAAAUUCAUUUUUCCCUAGAAUACGAUUUCCAAAACACGACUUUAAUUUUGAAAGUUCUCCAAGGUAAAGAGCUACCAGCAAAGGACUUAAGCGGCACCUCUGAUCCUUAUGUCCGUGUGACACUAUUGCCAGACAAAAAGCACCGAUUGGAAACUAAAAUUAAAAGACGUACUUUGAAUCCUCGAUGGAAUGAGACAUUCUACUUUGAAGGCUUUCCAAUUCAAAAACUUCAGUCACGUGUCUUGCACCUGCACGUCUUUGAUUAUGAUCGUUUCUCGAGAGAUGAUUCCAUUGGAGAGGUUUUCUUGCCAUUGUGCCAGGUCGACUUCGCUGGAAAACAAUCAUUCUGGAAGGCAUUAAAACCUCCAGCAAAAGACAAAUGCGGCGAACUUCUCUCUUCACUGUGCUACCACCCCUCGAACUCCGUGCUUACAUUGACAUUGAUUAAGGCGAGGAACCUAAAAGCAAAGGAUAUUAAUGGAAAGUCAGAUCCUUAUGUGAAGGUCUGGCUACAAUUUGGGGACAAGCGUGUGGAAAAAAGAAAAACUCCUAUAUUUACCUGCACGCUAAAUCCCGUUUUUAACGAGUCGUUUAGUUUCAACGUUCCAUGGGAGAAGAUUCGUGAAUGCUCUUUAGAUGUAAUGGUAAUGGAUUUCGACAACAUCGGGAGAAACGAGCUAAUAGGCAGAAUACUGUUGGCGGGUAAAAACGGUUCAGGUGCUUCUGAAACAAAGCACUGGCAAGAUAUGAUCUCAAAGCCCCGACAAACAGUAGUACAAUGGCACCGUUUGAAACCUGAAUAAGCUUAGGGGUUUAGUAAUGUCGAUCUGACCAUAUGUAAAUGUGCAUGUAUUAAUAUGAGGAUUUAUACAAAAAACAUAUUAUCUUAUUAAUGAAAAGAGCAACUGCAAAACAAUUUAGCAGUAUUCUGCAGCACUCACACACUAACACACCAGCACACGCACACGCACACACACACACACACCCACCUGCACACAUAAGAUAAAUGUACACAUAUACAAUUGGAAUAUUUAAUAUUUAACGCAAACGACAGAUUAGGUUCAGGCAUACAUACGCUAGGAAUACAUCGCAUGUGAAGUAUAAACAAAUACUUUUAUUGCUCACGUUUGAGCGCCAGUUUUAUAUGUAUAUGUAUAUGCUUACAUGCUGAAAUUGAAGAGAUGCGGUCUUGAUCAUGGAUAUUGAAUUCGAUAUCGAAGAGGAGAGGAAUAUAGAAUCAAGUUUCGGUUCUAGUACCUUUGUAUUUUAUUCAAUUUUCUAGUUUAGCUAACAGCUUGAUUCGGUUUCGCUACGGCAAAAAGUGGUGCACACCGGUAAACGGUUAGGUGCAAACUGAAACUCAUAAAUAUUGUUUCUCGCCGCAAUGGAUUGGAGGUGGGGCCCGCUUAACCGUUCAUACCCGAACCGAAAUUUGUUUUGGUACAAUUCUCUUUACCAAAGUUUUAUGGAUUGUCUUUAAAUUUCUAGUGUUAAUUUAGAAACCAGAACACUCUCAGCACAAAUCAGAGCAGAUCCAUAGUCAUACAAGAUCAGAUACUUUUAUAUUGAAUAACAGUUCGCUUAGAGGACAGCAGCUGAAGCAAAUAGUGAAAUUAAAAAAGAGGGACAUUACAGUAAUUCGUCGUAUAUUAAUUAACUAGGUGAAUUAUUUAAAUUUGAAUAGGUUUGUGUAGCAAUGCUGAAAAUACCAUCAGAUACCUUUGUUUGAUACUAUGAAAGAACGGCUAAGGAGGUACCCCACACACCAACACACACUAAGUAAAUGUAUAUAAUACAAUUAAAUUGUUACAAAUUAUUAGAUUUACAAUCUAACUCGUAAAACGACAUUGUUACCAGUUACUUAAUGCGAAUUGUUGUUUCUUUUACAAUAAAAGAAAAUUAAAGUGCGAAAAGGUCAUAUUAAUCUUAAACUUAAUCUUAAAACGAUAAACUAUUUAGUAUGAUAGGUCGUAGGAUAUAAAAUAUAUUUGAUUAGAGAGAGCGUUAGUAAACCAACAAAAACCAAAUUUAUAAACCAAAUAAUAUUGAACAUUUUUAAUAGUAGCUAUAAAGAAAUUAGCCAACCAUUGCCGGAACAAGCGUCUACUGGGAAGAAGUGCAAACAUAAAAUAUGAUGUAUGAGAUGAGAUUGACAUUAAGAGUUAAACAAUAAUUGAUAAAUUGAAACUGAGUUUAAAAAACGAAAAAUCGAAAAUUCAACCCACCUUGAAAUUACAUAUUUGUUAUAUACCUGUUAUAAUAUUAUUAAUUAUUACAAAUAAUUUACGAUAAAAAUUACAUAGCUGCAAAUAAAGCAUUUUAAACCUAGAAUGUA